GUUGCAACUCCUACUAGCGAUACGCAUCCUGAAGCUAGCACCGUCGAACCCACCACCGGCCCCGUAUGGCCCGAGACGGCGCCCGAGCAUCCUCUGACCAAGUUCUACGACGCGUUCGAAGCGCUCGUCAGCGAAGCGCAGCACAGCGAGGUCUACGGCAUCGAGCUCAGCAAGUCCAACGCGUUCCACACCAAGCUCAUCCUGCAAAAGUUCCUGCGCGCCAACCAGAAUGACCUGAACAAGGCCAAGGCGCAGCUCCUCGAGACGCUCAAGUGGCGCAAGUCGUUUGACCCCGUCAAGGCUGCCACCGAGACAUUUGACAAGGCACGGUUCGAGGGUCUGGGCUACGUUCUUGAGGUUGAGGGUGUGCCUGAGAGCCCGAAUAAGAAGGAUAUUACUACGUUUAAUGUCUAUGGUGCUGUCAAGGAUAACAAGGCUACGUUUGGGGAUCUAGACGGCUUCCUCCGCUGGCGCGUAGGCCUCAUGGAAAAAUCCGUCCAAGCCCUCUCCCUCUCCACCGCCACAACCCCGAUCCCCAACUACGGCGAAGGCCCGGACCCCUACCAAGGCUUCCAAGUCCACGACUACCUCCAAGUCUCCUUCAUCCGCCGCGACCCCCUCGUCAAAGCCGCCACCAACAAGACAAUCGAGAUUCUAGGCCGCCACUACCCAGAGACUCUCUCCCGCAAGUUCUUCGUCAACGUCCCUGCAAUCAUGGGCUGGGUCUUUACCGCCGUCAAGCUCGUCGUUGCCAAAGAAACGAGCAGGAAGUUUGUCGUCCUGAGCGAUGGAAAGCAACUUGCUACUCAGUUGGGUAAGGGUGUGCCGAAGAGUUAUGGGGGUGAGAAACCCGAGUUGGCAGAGUGUGCGGUGACGAUGGAUAUG